CUAAAGCUACAAGGUAUUCAGAUGCAUUACCCUCCAACCAAUCUGGUGCAGCACUGCUGGGAGACGAAGGCUCAGAGAAACGAAGAGACUUGUUCAGAUCACACAACUACAGAGCCCAGCCCCGCUGCCAGGAAGGGGAGCUGACGCAAGACUCCAGGAGGCCUGAGGCCUGGAGGGUCAGACGGAGACCAGGCUGAUCUCAGCAGACACCGACAGGCCCCAGGGCAGCUCCAGGAGCCCAGAUUCCAGCGGCUGGAGAGAAGGCCUGGGAGCUGCCUGCAGCCAUGUCAGCCCUCGGCCUGGUCAUCCUGGGCCUGCUCACGGCAGUGCCACCCGCCAGCGGUCAGCAAGGCCUGGGGAACCUGCAGCCCUGGAUGCAGGGCCUGAUUGCCGUGGCUGUGUUCCUGGUCCUCGUUGCAAUCGCCUUUGCCGUCAACCACUUCUGGUGCCAGGAAGAACAGGAGCCUGUGAACAUGGUCAUGACCGUCGGAAACAAAGCAGAUGGGAUCCUGGUAGGAACGGACGGCAAGUACUCCUCGAUUGAGGCCAGUUUCAGGUCCAGUGAGCACGAGAAUGCCUAUGAGAACAACCUGGAGGAGGAGGGCAAGGUCCGCAGCACCCCAAUGUGACCCCUGCUUCCUUGUGCCCGAUGUCCAGGCCCCUCCUUCUCUGUACAGGAAUCUGCAGUAAGGGGCUGACUCCUCCAGCUCUCACACCUGCCCCACCCUCCAGCCAAGCUCGGAGCUCAGACUAUGUCCACGUUGGGGCUCAGCCGUGGCUUUGGGGUCCUCGGGGGCCUCCCACUCAAUUCAGUUCAGAAGACCCUUCUGAAAAGGACAAUCAACUCAGCACCUCCCAUCCUGCCUCACG